GCGAGUCGAAGGAAGUGCGAGGAAAUGCGGAGUGGAGGCGAUCACAAUGGAUCGGGGACGAUACAGGUUUGGAGGCCAGAGCAAUCCGUUUGGAAGACAAGGUGGUCAUUUUGGUCACGGUGGCCCGUUUGGGGGCUUCGGAGGGCAAGAGCCGGGUGGUCCAAGGCCGGGUUAUCAGCCAGGCCCCUAUCCAGCCCCCGGUCAGGGGCCUGAUCAGUAUGGGGGGCAAAUGCAGGGGACGAAUGUGACUCCACCGCCAUAUGGACAGCCACCUCCACCGAGCUGGUCUCCCCAAGGACAAGAGCCUCCCGGACAAGGGCAUCCUCCACAGGGUUACCCUCAACAGGGGUACCCUUCUCAGGGAUACCAUACAGGAUACCCUCCCCAAGGUUACCUGGCAGGAGGUUAUCCAGGUCAACCAACGAUGAUGCAGCGUGCCACGGACGCGGCCUGCUGCGCCACCUGCAUGACCUGUUUGACCUGCAUUUUCUGCUCCUGCUGUCAGGCUCUAAUGGGAGGCAGCGGUAUGGGGUCAGGGAUCGGAAACGACGGGCCGGGGUGUCCGGGAGGUCACGAAGACGGCACUACCAACGUUGCUCCUCCACCCGUCACUACAAAUGACGAUGACAACGGCGACUGACGGCGUAAUCAUGCCGGUGGGUUCCCAACAGGUCACAAUGCCAUUCGUGUCACAGUGUGACUCGUCGGGAACUCAUUUUACCAUCAAGUCACUUCCAUAAUAACAGAAUGACUAACUUAUUGGGAAUUCUAACCAGAAAAAUCAGUCAAAUAUUCGCACACGAAAGAUUCCGUGCCAUCUCUUAAA